AGUAAAACAGGGAAACAGUAACUCUGUGCUGUAAACAGCCUCUGUACUGUACUGUACUGUCAGCAACCACUGCAGUCCCGCGCUAUAUGGGAAGACGUCGGAAUGAACUCACAUGUCGGCUUGUUUCUUUUGUCAUGUAUUCACUUAUGUGUGACAGAAAUGUACAUUAUGGAUGACAGGAUCGGGCUGGGGAGACGGUUUGAUGGUAUAGGAGGGUUAAGUGGAGGAGGGGCUACUUCGAGACUACUGAUCAACUAUAAAGAACCUUAUCGGAGUCAAAUACUGGAUUAUUUGUUUAAGCCUAACUUUGGAGCGUCACUACACAUUCUUAAAGUGGAAAUAGGAGGCGAUUCCCAAACCACAGACGGUACUGAGCCUUCACACAUGCACAAUGGGACUGAUGUGAAUUACUUCCGUGGCUAUGAAUGGUGGCUUAUGAAGGAAGCCAAGAAGAGGAGCCCAAACAUAACACUCAUUGGUCUGCCCUGGGCUUUUCCAGGAUGGGUUGGUAAUGGGAGCAACUGGCCUUACAACUUUCCAGACAUUACAGCUAACUAUGUUGUGUCUUGGGUGACUGGAGCCAAACAAUAUCAUGGUCUUGAUAUUGAUUACAUAGGGAUAUGGAAUGAACGGGACUUUGAUUCAAAGUACAUCCAGGUGCUUCGAGACACAUUAGACCGAGCUGAUUUACCAAAUGUAGGCAUUAUCGCAGCAGAUGGGGAUUGGGCCAUUUCCAAUGCCAUGCUUGUUGAUCCAUAUCUCAAUGAUGCUGUUGAAGUUAUUGGUGUUCACUACCCUGGUACCAUGACUGUCAAGGAGGCGCUGUUAACGGGUAAAAAGCUUUGGUCUUCUGAAGAUUACAGCACGUUUAAUAAUGACAUCGGGGCAGGAUGCUGGGCUCGAAUUCUUAACUGGAACUAUGUCAAUGGCAGGAUGACAUCGACAAUCUCCUGGAAUCUCAUAGCAAGUUAUUAUGAAGAUCUGUCUUUUGGUCGAGACGGUUUGAUGACUGCAGAAGAGCCAUGGAGUGGGAAUUAUGUUGUGGAAUCCCCAAUAUGGAUAACCGCUCACACUACUCAGUUUGCACAACCUGGCUGGACAUAUCUCCAGACUGUAGGGAACCUCACACAUGGUGGAAGUUACGUAGCAUUAACAGACGGCCAAGGGAACCUCACCAUCGUAAUAGAAACCAUGACUCACAAUCACUCGCAGUGCAUUCGGCCUUCACUCCCUCCUUUCAAUGUUUCCGCUCAGGAAGCAACAUUUCAGCUCAAAGGCUCCUUUGCUGCAAUCACUCAGCUCCAGCUAUGGUACUCAAAACUGGAUUUCAGUACCAAAAAAGACAUACUCUUCAAGAAAGCUGAUCCCAUAAAGGUUUCCAAUGGACGUUUUACCUUGAAAGUGGAUGUUGAUGAACUUUUCACCAUCACAACUGUCACCACUGGACAAAAAGGCUUCUACCCUGAUCCUCCAGAUUCUGCUGUAUUUCCCAAGAGAUACUUUGAUGACUUCAGUGUCCAAAACCCUCCCUUCUCAGAGGCCCCGUAUUUUGCUGAUCAGACAGGUGUGUUUGAGUACUUCACAAACCUCACGGAUCCAGGGCCACACAACUUCACUUUACGCCAGGUGGUCACCCAGCGGCCAGUUUCGUGGGGUUACGAUGCGGAUCAGACCAUCAGUGUCAUCGGUGACCACGCCUGGCAAGACAUAUCAGUCUCCUGUGACAUUUACCUUGAAACUGAGGAUGGCGGAGUCUUCGUUGCAGCCAGGGUGGAUCAAAGCGGGGAAUCAGUCCGAAGGGCCAUGGGUGUAUUUUACUGGGUUUUUGCAAAUGGCACGUACAAAGUGACCAAUGAUAUAGGUGGAGAAAAAGUUCUUGCUGAAGGAUUGUCAGGGACAAGACCAGGAAUAUGGCACACACUCACUCUCACAGUAAAGGGUAAUUUUGCCUUCGGAAUGCUGAACGGUUUUCCUUUAUGGAAGAAUGCUGUUGUUCUUCAACCCAAGAAUGGCUGGGCUGCAAUUGGAACAUCCUCAUUUGAAUUUGCACAGUUUGAUAACUUUCUGGUGGAUGCAGACUGAUUACUUUUUUCUAACUGCUUUCAGUUCAAAUACAUAUUCACCAUGCACUCAUGCUGCCUUCAAGUCCUGUUGGAAAUAUCGUAAAUAUGAGGUGAAUACACAUGAACACCAUCACAAUGUCACAAUUACAACUCAGGAAAUUGUUUAUUUCCCAGUUGUCAAUAACAAAGUCAUUGCGGCCCCAAGUAUGAAAGUGACAUUUAUAACAGACAGUAAGAUUUAGGUGGUAAUUUUGCAUGUUCACUGUUGAGUUCUUCAUUUUCUUUCAGCAAGGCAAAAUGAACUUCUUGUCAUUGACAAAUAAAUAAAUAAAUAAAAACAAAA